GUGGCGGCUACAGUCACAGCAGAUCCAGCGCUGCUCUGCUUUGCAUCCAACCAAUGCAGGGGAAAGUACCGGCGUCUGCCUUUUCUUCACUUCAAAGAAAGGUCCAUGUCUGAAAACUUCCAAGUUCCAACUGGCAAACUGGGCCCCAUACUGCAGAUUUCAUUGCAGCCUUUGGCAGGGAUACUCUGAAAGUCAAAUGGAAACAUGGCCUGGUCUGUUUCUAUUUUUGGCAGUGUUUUCUUCACUAGUCCUGAGCUACCCAAAUGGAGAAAUUAGUAUGGCCUGUAAAUCUAUGUUGCCUGUGCAUGGGAUUUCUGCUCCACAGAACUCUCCACCACCAUACUUCAUCUCUGUCUCCAGCACUGCAUUUAACCCAGGCGAUGAGAUCACAGUCACUCUAGAAGCGCUGAAAGACUCCAGUUUUAAAGGAUUUUUACUGCAGGCCAAAACAGUUGGAGGAGAUGUUGCUGUCGGUGCAUUUCAAAUUGUAAGUCCUAACACCCAAGGUCUUGCAUGUGACAACAUUCAGAACUCUUCUGUGAGUCACAGUGACAGGGGAAAUAAACAAAAUAUAUCUGCGAUUUGGGUUGCUCCUCCUGAUGUGAGUCAUGUUGUCUUCAGAGCCACAGUGCUGCAUAAUUUCACAGUUUUCUGGACUGAGAUUCACAGCCAAAUUCUUGUAUCUUCCAGUUCACAAGUUUCAAUAUGCUCAAAAGAAGGUUGUGGUGUACAGAAGUUCUGUUUCAGCACCCCUGCAGGCUGUGAUCCACAUGACUCAAACUGUUACUUUAUGUCAUCAGAGGUGUUGAAGAGUGGUGGUUUCAAAUUUGAAAUGAGUGGACUUUCAGAUGGAUAUGUAGCUGUUGGUUUUUCCGAUGACACUAUUAUGGGGAACGAUGACAUCUAUAUUUGUGAUAAGAAUGCUUCAGAUCACAUUGAAGUUCAACAUGCCUUCUCGACUGGGCGUACUCGUCCAAGCAGAAAACCUCUGGGGAAGGUGGAAAUUCUGGCAACAUCCUUUAACAACGGAAUCAUUGGAUGUUCUUUCAUUUCAAGAAAUACCAUAUCAACUCAAUCAAGAGCUGGUGACAGUUUGUAUUACAUAUUUUUGACUUAUGGGCCAACAUCAGCUGGACUGAUCCGGAAACAUCCAAGGACACCCUCCAUCACUGCACAGAGGGUGAACAUUGCAAGCUAUGAAAUACAAGGUGGCACCUGGUUUACACCACUGAUUAUUAAGACUCACGGGGCUCUCAUGUUGGUUGCUUGGAUGACCACAGGCAGCAUAGGAAUGGUAUUUGCUAGGUAUUUGAAGUCUAUUAAAAAAACUCUACUGGGAAAAGAUGUUUGGUUUCAGAUCCACUUUUGCAUGAUGCUUCUGACUGUACUUGCAACAGCAAUUGCUUUUAUAUUGGCCUUUGUAGCAAGGCAAGGAUGGAGUAGUGGUGCAGAAACUCAUGCCGUUAUAGGAUGUGUUGUUAUGAUUCUGUCCUUCAUUCAGCCAUUGAUAGCUUUUUGUCGUCCUUCUCCUCAAAAUAACAGGAGGUUCAUUUUUAAUUGGUUUCACAUGCUAAAUGCAUUAGUCAUCAAAGUAUUGGCAGAUACUAACCUGUUUCUGGGACUACAAAUGCUCACCUCUCCUAACGACUGGAUGAUUAAGACUAUGGGUGGCUUUGUGAGCUGGGAGGCAUUAAUAGCCAUUACACUGGACAUAAAUCUCUGGUUGAAAAAGAAAGAAAAAUGUGACGAUUCACAAGCCAAGGUGAAAAGUGAAAUGUUACUGGUGCUAAUUUACCUGUGUGGCAGUCUGGCAUUUGUAAUAGCCCUCCUUGUGGGUAUUGGAAAAAAUUAACAUGGGAGAAGAAUGAAAGCUUUUGGUACUCACAUAUAUCACAAUGGGAGAUAAUAGAAAAUUUUAAUUUCCUCAGUUUAGUUUCUAGCAGUGACCACAGUACUAACUGAAAGCAGUGAAUAAACCUGCUGUACAAUCUU